AUGACUGAGACGGCAGUUUGCGCUGGGACGUUCUCUGCUGUGAAGACCCUUUGGGAAGUGAGAAUACACAAGAUAAAUGAAGAAUUACAGAAAGAAAAGGAGUUCAGGCAGAGGUCUGCGGGCAGGCUACUGCUUGUCUGGGAAGAGAGAGCGGCCUUAGCCAGGCUCAAAGAAAAAGUCAUUCAUGAAGAUGGAAGAGCAAUUUUAAGGAUAGAGGAAGAAGAAUGGAAGACACUUCCUUCGUGCCUACUGAAACUCGUCCAUCUCCAGGAAUGGCAGCUUCACAGAACUAGUUUGCAGAAAAUCCCUUCGUUCAUUGGAAGAUUUCAGAGCCUGGUUGUUCUGGAUCUGUCCCGAAACUCAAUCGAAAGUGUCCCUAAAGAAAUUGGCCAGUUGACAGGCCUGCAGGAGCUGCUUCUCAGCUACAACAGGAUCAGGUCUGUUCCCAAGGAAAUAAGUAACUGCACCAGCCUGGAGAGGUUGGAGCUGGCUGUCAACAGGAGCAUCUGCGAUCUUCCUCCUCAGCUCAGUGGCUUGAAGAAGCUUUCACACAUAGAUCUGUGCAUGAAUCAGUUCGCUGCCAUCCCGCCAGCUCUUCUUGACAUGCCCAGCCUCGAGUGGUUGGAUAUGGGGGGGAAUAAACUCCAGGAGCUUCCUGAGGCAAUCGACAGAAUGGAAAAUCUCCACACUUUGUGGCUCCAAAGGAACGAGAUAAGCUUUUUGCCAGAAACCAUUGGUAACAUGAAAAAUCUUAGUACCCUUGUUCUCAGCAACAAUAAGCUGAAGCAUAUUCCAGUUUGUAUGAAGGACAUGACAAAUCUGAGGUUUGUCAACUUCAGAGACAACCCCCUGGAGUUGGAGGUGACACUCCCUCCGUGUGAGGAGACGGAAGAGGAGGAGCAACGGGAGAUGUUCGGCGUUGAGUUCAUGCUCACAUAUAUCCAGGAGUCGCUCAGGAGAGCAGGAAAUCUGGGAAGUUGUGCUGGUCCUUCUCCUGUCACAAAUGCCAGUGAUUAA